AAGAGGCUCAAAAAAUCCACCUUCACUUUUCAGUCAGAAGAGGCAGAAGUGGAUGUGAGAGACAGACACACACAGAGACACAGAGAGCGAAAGAGGGCAAGAGACUUGACUUUAAGAGACUCCUGCACUGACAACUCCAUGCAGUUCGGAACAAGAACGGCAGCGACCGACUCUGGUUUCAUGGGGACAUGGCAGAACACUGACACUAACCUCUUAUUCAGAAUGUCCCAACAGGCCAUCCGCUGUACACUGGUAAAUUGCACAUGUGAAUGUUUUCAGCCAGGGAAGAUUAACCUGAGAACCUGUGAUCAGUGUAAACAUGGCUGGGUGGCACAUGCUUUGGACAAGCUUAGUACUCAGCACCUCUACCACCCAACCCAAGUGGAGAUUGUGCAGUCCAAUGUUGUGUUUGACAUCAGCAGCCUGAUGCUCUACGGUACUCAGGCUGUGCCAGUGAGACUGAAGAUACUACUUGACCGACUCUUCAGUGUACUGAAGCAAGAGGAGGUGUUGCAUAUUCUACAUGGCUUAGGCUGGACACUUCGAGACUAUGUUCGAGGUUACAUCCUUCAGGAUGCUGCAGGCAAGGUGCUGGACCGCUGGGCCAUCAUGUCCAGGGAAGAAGAGAUCAUUACCCUUCAGCAGUUCCUGAGAUUUGGAGAAACCAAAUCCAUUGUGGAGCUGAUGGCAAUUCAAGAAAAAGAAGGGCAGGCUGUGGCUGUGCCAUCUUCAAAGACAGAUUCAGAUAUAAGGACUUUUAUUGAGAGCAAUAAUCGCACCAGGAGCCCAAGUCUCCUUGCUCACCUGGAGAAUAGCAACCCUUCCAGCAUUCAUCAUUUUGAAAACAUCCCGAAUAGCCUUGCAUUCCUGCUUCCAUUCCAGUACAUAAAUCCAGUCUCUGCUCCACUGCUGGGGCUGCCUCCAAACGGCCUCCUGCUGGAACAGCCGGCAAUGAGGCUCCGUGAACCAAGCCUUACGACCCAAAAUGAAUAUAAUGAGAGCAGUGAAUCCGAAGUUUCCCCUACGCCUUUCAAGAACGAGCAAGCAUCCAGCAGGAAUGCUUUGACCAGCAUCACAAAUGUUGAGCCCAAAACUGAGCCAGCCUGUGUCUCUCCUGUCCAGACGCCUACACCUGUCAAUGAUUUAUCAAAACCAGAACACACUAAAAGCUCGUUCCGCAUUCACAGAAUGAGGAGAAUGGGGUCGGCCUCCAGGAAGGGAAGAGUGUUUUGUAAUGCGUGUGGCAAAACGUUUUAUGACAAAGGUACUCUUAAAAUCCACUACAAUGCCGUUCACCUGAAAAUCAAGCACCGGUGCACUAUUGAGGGCUGCAACAUGGUCUUCAGCUCCCUCAGAAGCCGCAAUCGCCACAGUGCUAACCCCAAUCCCCGGCUCCACAUGCCUAUGCUAAGAAAUAAUCGCGACAAAGAUCUAAUUCGUGCUACAUCAGGUGCUGCCACUCCAGUCAUAGCAAGUACGAAGUCCAACCUAACUUUAACAAGCCCUGGGCGACCACCGAUGGGGUUUACCACUCCUCCUCUAGAUCCUGUACUACAGAACCCUCUUCCAAGUCAACUGGUGUUCCCGGCUUUAAAGACUGUACAACCUGUUCCUCCUUUUUACAGAAAUUUACUUACUCCUGGAGAAAUGGUGAGUCCUCCAACCUCACUCCCUACCAGUCCAAUAAUACCAGCAGUGAGUGGCAUGGAGCAUCCUCCUCCUCCUCCUUCAGAGUCAUCAUUACCUUCAGUGCUGAUGCCCACCCCAGAGCCUAAUGCUGACCUUGCCCCCAAGAAGAAGCCAAGGAAGUCGAGCAUGCCAGUUAAAAUUGAAAAGGAAGUUAUUGAUACUGCCGAUGAGUUUGAUGAUGAGGACGAAGAGGUGAAUGACAACAGCACGAUGGUGAAUGACAUUGGUCAUGACAAUCACUGCCAUUCCCAGGAGGAAAUGAGCCCAGGCCUGUCUGUGAAAGACUUCUCCAAAAGUGACAGAAGCAGAUGCAUUUCCAGACCAGACAUAAGAAGGGCAGACAGCAUGACAUCAGAAGACCAGGAGCAUGAGAGAGACUAUGAAAAUGAGUCAGAGUCAUCAGAGCCCAAAUUGUGUGAGGAAUCCAUGGAAGGCGAUGAUCGCCUCCACGAACCUGGUGAAAAAUCUAUGAUGCACACUGACAGACCAGAUGAAAACCACAAUGACUCUUCCAACCAGGAUGUCAUUAAAGUGAAAGAAGAGUAUACAGAUCCUACAUAUGAUAUGUUCUACAUGAGCCAAUAUGGACUUUACAAUGGAGGCAGUGCCAGUAUGGCUGCCCUUCAUGAAAGUUUCGCCUCUACAUUCAACUACAGCAGCCCUCAGAAGUUCUCUCCAGAAGGGGAAAUGUGCUCCAGCCCAGACCCCAAGAUCUGCUAUGUGUGCAAGAAAAGUUUCAAGAGUUCCUACAGUGUGAAGCUUCACUACAGAAACGUUCAUUUAAAAGAGAUGCAUGUCUGCACAGUGGCUGGCUGUAAUGCUGCGUUCCCAUCACGGAGAAGCAGAGACAGACACAGUGCUAACAUAAACCUGCACCGUAAACUGUUGACCAAAGAACUGGAUGACAUGGGCCUGGACACCUCACAGCCUUCUCUUAGUAAGGACCUCCGUGAUGAAUUUUUGGUGAAGAUAUAUGGCACUCAGCAUCAGAUGGGGCUCGACAUAAGGGAAGACACCUCCUCGCCUGCUGGUACUGAAGAUUCCCAUAUGAAUGGGUACGGCAGGGGCAUGUCGGAAGACUAUAUGGUCCUAGACCUGAGCACCACCUCCAGCAUCCAGUCCAGCAGCAGUAUCCAUUCCUCAAGAGAAUCUGAUGCAGGAAGUGAUGAGGGCAUUCUCCUGGAUGACGUCGAUGGGGCAAGUGACAGUGGGGAAUCUGCCCACAAAGCAGAUGCCCCUGCCUUAGCUGUAGGGAUGGGCACCGAUGUCCCAGGAUCCCUCAUGUUCAACAGUGUUUCGGUGAGCAACGGUGGGAUAAUGUGUAACAUUUGCCACAAAAUGUACAGCAACAAGGGAACCCUCAGAGUGCACUAUAAAACAGUGCACUUGCGAGAGAUGCACAAAUGCAAAGUCCCUGGGUGCAACAUGAUGUUCUCCUCUGUCCGUAGCCGAAACCGGCACAGCCAGAACCCCAAUCUGCAUAAAAACAUUCCCUUCACUUCAGUAGAUUAGUUCAAGGAUGGACACAGCAUUAAUGCCAGCUCUCAGAGAGGGCCCACUACAUCUGAACUGCCAUAUACAGUCUCCCUUUAUAUAUAUAUAUAUAUAUAUAAAAAUAUACAUAUAUAUAUAAUCUUUUUCUUUUCUUUUUUAACAAAAGAAAGAAACACCAGGUGCUUUUUCCCCUUUGUUGGUUGUUGGUUUAUUUUCUUUUUUUUUUUUUUUUUUGGGAUAGAAACGAAAAGGUGGGAUGUUUAAUUUGGGGGGAGAGACCCUUCAUAAAAAGCAAGCAAAAACAAAAACCAGACCCACAGAAAACUUGCAGUUGUCCCUAGUUCUGUUAGAAUGUUCUUGGUCAUCUCCGAAGAGACAAUUUGUUCUACCCAUGUUCUACCCUUUUGCCUGACAAAAAGAACAAAAAAAAAAAAAAAUUGCAAACAAACAAAAAGAGAGAGAAAAAAAUCUACUUAGUUGUCUUUGUGUCUUCUAAGCAUUGGGGAUAACGUUCUACUAAGCAUGGCUGUUACACUUGUAUAUAUAUAUUGAGCCUUGACAGGCCUAUGAUGUAAAACAAUUGUAUUGAUGGUGGUUUAACUCUUAUUUUUUUGCUUAAUUUUUACAGUUACAUUCAGCUGUUAGAUAAGCAGGAAAAAUAGUUUGCUGGCUAGUUCUACUCAUUUAUGUUAGCUUUAAUGCACAUUUUUAAAGGAACCACGGUCUUGUUUUAACUACCUGCUAGAUAUAAGUAAUACCGAGGUGCUGGCAUGCUUUACAGUACCUGAUCUGAUACCGUUUUUUUGUCUUGUACUAUUACAUAAAUCCAGUCAUGCACUUUUUCGUACACUACAAGGGGAUGUGUAAUAAUAUCCAUGCUUUUUUUUUCUUAAACUAUUGCCAUAUUUUCAGUAAGUGUCUUUAAAAAAAUACACUUAGAUAAAAGUGGUCUGGUCAGUAUGAGGGCAUGAAUGCCAAACAAAGAGUAUUAGUGUUUAGUGUUAAUACAAAAGUGCCAACUUUGCACACGUUUUGAAAAAAGAAAAUGUAGUUAUUCACCAUAACCACAAUUGUAGUUUUUGGACUACAGAAAAAGACACUGGGGAGGGAAAAGGGGUGAAGUGAAAUACAGAAUUCUUGGUGCUUUUUUUAAGUGCCAAUUAUUACUAGAAACAAUAGUGCAUCCUUAUUCGUUAUCUACUACAUUACAUUAGCGAAAAAACCCAGAAUUGUCAUGUGAAUCAGUGGAAUCUUUUUUUUUUUGUCAAACAUGCAUAAUAUUUGGGGAUAUAAAUGCUGAUACUACUUGUCACAGAACAAAGAUGAAUAUAAUUUUGUGUGCUUCUUACUAUGGCCUGAAUUUUUUGUGGUGUUUAAAAAAAAAAAAAAAAGAACAGGGAAAUAAUGUUAACUAUGUUGUUCUGUAAAGUUGUCUUUUUUGCAAUGGAAAGUGCUGUAGUAUGAUUAAGGCAUGUUUUAUAGAAGCAAUCAAAAAGAAAUUAAUGGCAGAAGCACUUAGUAGCUCUGAAAACAUAUGCUGGACUUUUUAUUGGAUAACUUUCCCUUUGGAUAAAAUUAGAUGCCAGAAAAAAAGGACUAGUUGUGUUAAUGUUUUGUGUUUCACCCACAUGGUUUUUCAGAAAAUAAUGAAAGUCCUAGAACGAUACUGAGCAAGACAGUGAGCAUGAACAGGAGAGGGAGAAGGAGCAAGCAGUUGAGAAAGAUAAAGAGAGGCUGUCCUAUGAAUCUUUUUUGUUUCCGGUGUUUACAAUGUUGCUUGAGCUGGUAAACCACACUGGCAGCCUGAGUUACCACAACAUACUGACUGAGUGAUGGUAUUUACUUAAGUUAGUCUACAGCCAAAACCAUUAGGGUGUGUGUUGUAUACUCUUUUCUUUACAAAAACAAUAACAAAAGCAAAAACAAACAAACAAACAAACAAACAAAAACCCAAGGGAUAUUUCAGCGUACAAUAAAAUAUUCCUUCAGUGAGAAUGUGUUCCUUUUCUGUAUUUACUGACCCAGAACAUUAUUCUUCUUAGCCAAGAGUCAGAAAUGCUCCAUUGUUUCAGCUUGUCAUUGUUUUGAUUUGCUGUGCAUUUUGAUUAUUCGUACCUUUAUGUCCACUUGAGUACUUAACUCCUGCUACGUUUUUGAGAGGAAACUCUUAAUAUGGAUUUCCUCUUUUUUGGUAUUCUUUAUGCAUUUCAGUGUUCUUGUUUCCAAAAGUAGGAAUCAAUAGCUAAUAAAUCAGUAUUUCCAGUUGUAGAAAAUAAAAGAAAAAACUUUCUAAACAAAUUCUCACUAUGUUCCUAUGGGUUACAAGCCUCUGAUCAUUUUUUUGAUUCCGUACACUGAUGAAGCCCUGAAAAUAUUUGUGGAUCCCACAGAAACUGUAGAGAAAAUUUACCUUCUGGUUUAACAAAGAGAAACGAUAGCAAAAAGCUAGGCAGUUUCACUGGCUGUCUUUCAUCUUUUUUUAUUUUUCCUCAAAGUCUCAACUACUUUGCCUCGUUAAAUUGAGUGGAGAGUUCUGCUUUGCUUUGGUUUGUGUUGUGCAAGCUCAGUCUGUUUGUGAGAGAGGGAAAUUAGAACAGUAAAGGUGCAUUCUUCUAAAACACAUGGACCUUUGUAGUGUUAUCUGUACUGCACUCCCAUCCCUCCUCCCAAGCUAUUAGGAACAAGCAAGAUGGAACGUCAAAAAAACAAAACAACAAAAAUUGAAUGAUAUCUACAGUAAGAAAAUCCCACUGUUUUGUAGCAUGUAUGGUAUAAAUAAAUAUCAUUUUUAAUGAAAAACAUAUUUAAGCUAUACAAAUAAUUCCUAACUGAAUGAGUCACUGUUCUACAUUCUCAUUUCACUCUGUUUCUGUUAGAGGUCAAAUGGUUUUGGUAAAGUUGUUUGGAAACUUAAACAUCAUCAGUAGAUAAAUUCAGCAGAAUUACAUAGAAAAAAAAAUCAGUUUAUUAUACAAAAUGGAACAGGACAUUCUAAAAAGUAAAGAAGCAGGGACAAACCUACAAAAACUGUUAGAAGCUCUGCAAUCCUACUUUUAUGGCAUCCUAAACUUCAUUCAGAUUCUGCUUAAGCCUUAUAGGAGUUACCAUCUCCGUCUUGUGGACAGAAUAUUACUCACUGUUAUUUCUAGGCGAAUCGAUUGGUUUCUUCAGUGCUAGUGGUACGUCAGAACAGUGUUUUAGAAGGGCACAUACAUACACUUAUAUUGCAUUGAAUGGCAUUUCCCUCCUUCGUACUUACCAUGCAUCUGGAUGACAAUCUGUAUUUAUCAGAAUUGUUCCUGUGGUGGAAUUUGUAUCAUCUGAAGUUACCUGAAAAAUACUUUAAAAGGAUGUGUGGCACAAGUUUGUCCGUACUGACAGAAAGUAUAAUUUCUGGUUGAUCUCAGCAGCAACCCAGACUGCAAUAAGUAUAAUGGCUGAACAUCUCAUGUGUCCAGCAAAGAGCAUGGCUGUAAUGGUGUGAUGAUUAGUGUUGUGCAGUUGCUUACGCCAUUAUAAACCUGUGGCUAUCCCUUCAGUUUCCAACCUUGUCAGUCUAAAUCUUUUUACAAGAGUUAGACCAGCUGUGAGGAAGACACUCUUCAUUUCACAUGGAGUUUGUUCCUCCUUCUUUGGUUCUUUUAGUUAUUGUGGUCACUCUUUCCAUGUUGUUUCACUGUUUUGUUUAUUCAACAUAGUUGUAUUUUUCUGUAAAUAUCAAAAAGGCUUUGUCUACUUUUAGGAAAUAAUUUUUCGUACUGCACCUCCUUUAGAAACAGAAUUUCUUGUCUGGAGGUUGUUAAGCAUUUUUCUUUGUUCUCGAGGCGGGGGGUCAGGAAAGCAUGUGAUAUUGUCUAAUCACUAGUUAUUUUUGAAAACCUAUAUGAAGAAAUUUGGAAGGAAAACAGCAGAGUCAAAGCACAAGAAUGGGAACCAGGAAUUGAGUUUUAAUACCACUGGUGGCCCCUUCUCACUGUUUAGUCUUGGACAGAUCACAUCACUUACCCGUUUGUGUUCCAAUCUGUUAAAAUAUGGCUAAUACUAAUACGGUCUUCCCCAUAAGGGUGCUCCUGUGAGGACUAAUUAUCUGGUGUUAGUAAAGAGCUAAUUUAAGUCAUAAAUAUUUUUGCAAACCUUACAAUAUUUAGUCAAUUUUUCUGAGCUAUAUCUCAAACAGGUACAUUUUGUUAAGGCUGAGAUUUUAACUUUGCCUCUUAAACUGCAGCUGGCUCCAUGGUGACACUCCAAGUAGAAGCACUCUGUCACUAAUUCACAACUCAGUUUGACAAAAUAUGGAAGGUAUAGAUUAAGAAGCCUAUUAGCACAUACACGUUGCUCUUAAAUAUCUCUCAAAGGCUUUUCAUGACUGAGCUCAUAAAAUUAGUAUGUUUCCUAGGGUUCUGUACACAGCAGAAAUUGUGCACCAUAUUUGCUGUGAGUAAACAUCAGUGUAUUUCCUUCCUUCCUUCCUUCCAUCCUUCCUCCUUUCCUUCCCUCCCUCCCUCCUUUCUUCCUUCAUUCAUUACUUCCGUCCUCCCUCCCUCCCUCCCUCCCUUUCUCCCUCCUUUCCUUCCAUUGUGGAAAUGAAAGAGUACUUCCUCUGUCUGUUCCAGAAGUUUGUAAGUUUUCCAUCAUCUGUGUGUUUCCCAUUCAUCCCCAAAAAAGGAACUGUUUAGGAAAAAAGUAGAGUCAGGUUCUAAACAGUGAAGUAGCUGCCACGGGGGGUCAGCACCUCUGUUGAUCUGGCCCAGUACAGCUAAUAGGAAGUGGGGCUGCAGGGAUCCACUUCAGUUUUCCCUGAGUUUUAGUCUUCUCAAUUAACACAACUAAGGAUCUAGCAUAGGCAAUUAUUUGGGGUAGGAAUGUGCCUAAGCAACACGACAAAGAGCUGUGUGGGUAUGUGGAAAGGUCAGAAACAUAAUGGUUCAAGGUCUGAUCUGCUCCAAAGAUAGAAACCAUUUACAAUACCAGAGAUUUAGUUCCAAAAAUUUCUCCUUCAAUGUGUAUGAUGUUUUAGAAUCAAAAUGCUUGGUUUGGGCCCAUUUUUCACAGGGUCAAUAGGGACAUCAGCUGCCAUCAUAACAUCGGAUAUCUUUUCAGGAACGUAUUUGUACUGUAAUUCUGCAGAACAUUUUUGCAGCAUCAUUGGUGGCAGGGGAAGGAGUAAGGGAGGGACAGUAUUUGACAUAGGAGCAUACAUGUGCUCCUCUAAAUCUUUUGUGCCAGUUACAUAAACAGAACUAUUACUCCUUCUUCUGUCCCCAGAAUGUUUUUGUCACUUUUCUCUUUGGGUCAUGUUAACAGAAUUAGUCUUUUUUUAUUUCAAAAGAGAAGCAAAGUUGUCUGUACUAAGGGCAAGGAGGCAGCAGGAAUUCCCUGUGGGAAAAAGGUGAGUGGCAGACACAUGAUGGCAGCUGGUAUAUGUCAGUUCCUUCUUCGUUUUUUUCUUUUUUUUCCUUAUGUCACUACUUUGCUGCUAUAGUAACUCAACAAAACAGUGACUGUAGUGCUACUUUGCUAGAUAAGCAUCAGCAUAUCCUGCUGUCGCCACAUUAUGAGUUGGGCUUUUUUCCCCCUCCUGUAGGGACAUAAAAGGAACUCUUUUCCAUACCCAUUUUUUACUUCAUGAACAGAGCUGCAUCAUAUGUUGGACUGAACCUUUUACCCACAUGUUUGCCCAGGUACGUGUCUGUUCCAGUCCCAUGGUUUCUGUCUCUUCUUGCCAAGCAGCAUUAUCACUGCCUCUAAAAUGGCCUGUAACAGGGUGAAGCAGCAACUUUUUUACAUAAGUAAUAUUAUCUUGAGUCUGUAGUUAACCAGUCUUAUGUGAUUUGUUUUCUCUGGUCAAGUUGUGAUGUUGAAUGACAGCUUUGAUUUUUUGAUCAAGAUGUUCAUCAUGUAUGUCCCAAUACUGUUGCUCUUAUGUUUGGCACUGGCACUAAAGCAAAACAGUUCUGGACCACCAAAGGGUUAAAAAAUGGACAUGUUUUUGACAAGUCCUUUGACUUUUGCCAGUAUUAUUGUUCAUUAUGAUGACACUGUAUUUUUUUUAAAUAGCAGCUGUAGUUGUCAUAAAACUAUUUUCCCAUUCCUCUUCUUUAAAGUGUGAUGUUGUAAAUUCAUGUGACCUUUCCUGCAAAGAAUAAAUAUUUCUUUUUUUAUAUAA